AUGAUCCGCGCUUUCACCACCCCCUCCACCGCCGCCAAAACCGCCGAAAUUAUGUCCAGACCCGGUCAGCUCUUCGGGUUCAACCCUCCUUGCUUCGUAACCCCUCGGCUCCCUCUCCCGACCCUCCUCAAACCGCCUCAAAACCAAAUCAAUCUUCCUCUUCUUCGUCCUCAAAUUGUGCCUCAAACAAUAGAACCAAGUAAGGCCAUUGAUUUGAACGAAGAAGCAGAAGUUCCCGAGGAGAAAGACUUGAUAAAGCAACUAGAGGGACCGGUUAGAAGCAGGGUCAUCGCGCCUCAGCCGGUUCGGCCGGUCGGCUCGAGCAUAAUCGUGAAUAACAUAAGGGAAGAACCGGGUUCGAGUUCGGAUCCGGGUUCGGAUCGGGUUCCGAAGAAGAAAGUCGAGGAGCAGAUGGAGUCGGAGGUGGUGCCGGCGGUGGUGUCGGACUCCAGCAACAGAGUGCGGCUAGCAAAUUCGGCUUACAGGAAGAUGGUCGGCCAGCCGGAAUGCUCGUGGCUCGGCUCGGUGGGCGCAUGCAAGAGGAUUUGUGGAGAGAUCGGAAUCCAGUUUCUGGAGAAGAGAGUGGUGCCAGUGGAGUCCAAGCGGUUCUCUUGUUGGGUGACGAUAGAAUGGGGGAGAAAUGAGGAGAACCGGUCAGUCCGGGCUUUCUGCGAGGCAACGAGGUUGGCCUGCGAAUCCAAGGACUAUCUCUUCGCAUGGAGGUUCCAUGCCGGGGAAGCAUCUGGUUAUGGGUCGGGACCCGGGUCUGGUAAUAUAGCUUGA